CGGGAAAAUACUAAGGAAGGGGCUAAUUUGUCGUCGCUCGGAGCUGAUUCCCGCCAUCUGUCGGCGCUGAGUUCAGCGAUGUAGUAGCGAGACAACCGAGUUCACAGUUUUAUUAAACAGAACCCAUGACCCUGACACGAGGUUCCUUCACAUACUCGAGCGGCGAGGAAUACCACGGGGAAUGGCGAGAAGGUCUUCGUCACGGCCGUGGCCAGUUGACCUUCAGUGACGGAACCUGCUACACGGGCCAGUUCGAAAACGGACUCUUCAACGGCUGCGGUGUGCUGGUCUUCGCCGACGGCUCCAGGUAUGAAGGAGAGUUUGUGCAGGGGAAGUUCCAAGGUGCUGGUGUCUUUACACGCUUCGAUGGAAUGACGUUUGAGGGAGACUUUAGAAGUGGUUGUGUGGAAGGUUCCGGACUGUUGACAUUUGUGGAUGGCGGUGGUGGCUGCCAUGAAGGUAUCUUUGAGAGCAGCCAGCUGAUGCGGCGGGAGAGCAGCCAGGCCGCAGUCCAGCGGGCCCAGGCAGCUGCCGCCAAGGCCCGCACACUAGCCAUGUGACACGGGCGACGACAUCGCAGUCUCCUCGUCUGUUUCAACUUUGACUGCAUCGUAACGUAACGCCCAAUGUCACUUUUCUUUCUCCGUGUUUUUUUGUUGGGAGUCACUGAUUCUGGAUCAGCAGGACACCUACAUAUUGGUGCUACCACGCGUCACGCUCAACUGACCUGAAACAACUCAGAGGUUCAUUCAGCCGUAGUUUUUUUCACUGUGUCUCCAUCUCCAAAACAAUGUUUAUAUGUACAUUUCACCGAAACAAUGUGGCUGUAUUGACCGCUUUAAUUGCUAAACGCUGUAAUUUAAUUACCAUGGUUACAACACUACUAUGCGAAUUAUUGAUCAGUUGCUUGCUGCAAUAGGUUUUGGAAUUAAAUUAAUGAAAUCGAAGCAAUGGUAAUGCUUACACACUUCUUCUGUCGACCUCACAAUGGCCAAAGCAGACGUCUCAUUGGUGCUCCUGAAGCAGGAAGUCCAAGGGUGUCUUCUCGCCUCCACGUUUUGCCUCGUUGGAUCACUCAGUGCCCUUUCAACGCUUGGUCUGAUCUCAGACCAGCAGCCAUCAGUUACCUCCUCCUUCAGUGCCAACCGCUCAGUGCCAGGCGGCAUCUGCUGAUCCAGAAUUAGUAACAUAUUCGGCGUUUCUAAAAGUGCCCUCUCAAAAUAUGACGAUUCAGAAUCAAAGCUUAAGACUGAAUAAGGUUACUGUAUAAACAGUAAUUACGAGGUCAAUGUAGUUUUAUGAGCUGUCGUUUAGUAUUUUUAUUUUUUCUUUUGUUUAGCCAAAACUUUUUUUUUUUCGGAUUUGCCUCUGCUCAUGUAAAAAAAACAUGAGUUAUAGCAUUUUGAUGCAUUACAGUGGGAAAAAGUGAUUUGUUACAUGAAAAAAAAUUCAGUUUUAAGCUUAGUCAAACAGCUAAAAUAAUAAUUCAUCCGUUUUGGAUUUUUCCACAAGGAUCGCCGCAGCAAAACAGUCCAUUUCGCAUGAUAGAUUUGGCACACAUGUGUUUGCCAUGCUUUUGCUCUUCCUGACAUAACCUUCACAAUGGCAGCAUGGCACUUAGCUCACUGAGCUACACUGCUGGCCACAAGUAUUGGCACCCCUGCAAUUCUGUCAGAUAAUGCUCAAUUUCUCCCAGAAAAUGAUUGCAAUUACAAAUGCUGUAGUAGUAAUAUCUUCAUUUAUUUUGCUUGCAAUGAAAAAACACGAAGGAGAAUGGGAAAAAAAUUAAAUCAUUAUCAUUUUACACAAAACUCCAAAAAUGGGCCGGAAAAAAAUAUUGGCACCCUUCGAAAAAUCAUGUGAUGCUUCUCUAAUUUGUGUAAUUAACAGCACCUGUUACUUACCUGUGGCAUAUAACAGGUGGUGGCAAUAACUAAAUCACAAUUGCUGUCAGUUAAAAUGGAUUAAACUUGACUCAACCUGGGUCCUGUGUCCUUGUGUGUACCACAUUGAGCAUGAAGAAAAGAAAAAAGACCAAAGAACUGUCUGAAGACUUGAGAAGGAAAAUUGUGAGAAAGCAUAGGCAAUCUCAAGGCUACAAGUCCACCUCCAAAGACCUGAAUGUUCCUGUGUCUACCAUGUGCAGUGUCAUCAAUGAGUGUAAAGCCCUCCUUAGAUGUGGACGGAAAAGAAAAAUGGACGAGAGAUUUCAACGAAAGAUUGUGCGGCUGGUGGAUAAAGAACCUCGACUAACAUCCAAACAAGUUCAAGCUGUCCUGCAGUCCGAGGGUACAACUGUGUCAAACCGUACUAUCCGUCGGCGUCUGUAUGAAAAGGGAGUACAUGGUAGUAUACCCAGGAAGACCCCACUUCUGACCCAGACACAUAAAAAAGCCAGGCUGGAGUUUGCCAAAACUUACCUGAGAAUAACAAUAACUAAAUCACACUUGCAGCCAGUUAAAAUUGAUUAAAGUUGACUCAAUCUCUGUCCUGUGUCCUUCUGUGUACCACAUUGAGCAUGGAGAAAAGAAAGAAGAUCAAAGAACUGUCUGGGGACUUGAGAAGCAAAAUUGUGAGGAAGCAUGGCAAUCUCAAGGCUACAAGUCCAUCUCCAAGGACCUGAAUGUUGCUGUGUCUACCGUGCGCAGUGUCAUCAGUAAAUGUAAAGCCCAUGGCACUGUGGAUAACCUCCCUAGAUGUGGACGGACAAGAAAAAUUGCCGGGAGAUUUCAAUGAAAGAUUGCGCGGAUGGUGGAUAAAGAACCUCGACUAACAUCCAAACAAGUUCAAGCUGUCCUGCAGUCCGAGGGUACAACAGUGUCAACCCGUACUUCCAUCGGUGUUUGAAUGAAAAGGGACUCUAUAGUAGGAUACCUAGGAGGACCCCACUUCUGACACAUAGACAUUGAAAAGCUAGGCUGGAGUUUGCCAAAAGUUACCUGAGAAAGCCAAAAACGUUUUGGAAGAAUGUUCUCUGGUCAGAUAAAAUAAAAGUAGAGCUUUUUGGGAAAAGGCGUCAACAUAGAAUUUACAGGAAAAACACGAGGCCUUCAAAGAAAAGAAUACGGUCCCCACAGUCAAAAAUGGCGGAGGUUCCCUGAUGUUUUGGGGUUGCUUUGCUACCUCUGGCACUGGACUGCUUGACCCUGUGCAUUGCAUUAUGAAGUCUGAAGACUAUCAACAAAUUUUGCUGCAUAAUGUAGGGCCCAGUGUGAGAAAGCUGGGUCUCCCUCAGAGGUCAUGGGUCUUCCAGCAGGACAAUGACCCAAAACACACUUCAAAAAGCACUAGAAAAUGGUUUGAGAGAAAGCACUGGAGACUUCUAAAGGGGCCAGCAAUGAGUCCAGACCUGAAUCCCAUAGAACACCUGUGGAGGGAUCUAAAAAUGGUGGUUUGGAGAAGGCACCAUUCAAAUCUCAAAGAGCUGAAGCAGUUGGCCAAAGAAGAAUGGUCUAAAAUUCCAGAAGAGCAUUGUAACAAACUCACUGAUGGAUACCAGAAGUGGUUGUUCGCAGUUAUUUUGUCUAGGGGUGAGGGUGCCAAUACUUUUGUCCGGCCCAUUUUGGAGUUUUGUGUAAAAUGAUCAUGAUUUGAUUUUUUUUUUCAUUCCAUUUUGUGUUUUUUCAUUGCAAGCAAAAUAAAUGAAGAUGUUACUACCAAAGCAUUUGUAAUUGCAGUCAUUUAGAAAUUGAGCAUAACCUGACAGAAUGCCAAUAAUUUUGGCCAGCACUGUACCACCUGGGCAUAAUAGUAAAUAAUAAGUAAAAAAUAAUCAAUAUAAACACAAAUAUACUCUGGUUAUGGCCUCCCAAGAACAGUCUAAAGUGUUUUUGUUCCCCCGUUUAAAUUUCAUUAUAUUUAAGUCAUUGAUUGCCAGUGACGUCCAAUACUGUACUGGCUGUGAAUGCAUUUUUCACUGCCACUGACAAGGCUUAAACGUCCAAUCCAUUUUGACUGGGAGAGAGACUGGCAACGAUCAGACGUCUAGUGCCAUCAAUGAGUUAAAAUGAGUGCCCUAUAAAGAGUUAAUGUUAUAAUUAAGUACAUUUUGAGGUUUAGCAUACACGAUUCUUCACUUUUAUUAUUUGCGUCGUAGUGCUAAGAGGCGUGUGAUGACUUAGAAUGAAGUCGACGUGCCUGUUGGGAAUUGUCUACAUUACGUGUUUAUGUGGGUGUAGUGUAAAACAGUAAAUGGAGUCAAUUGUCAGUUAUGUGAUUAUCUGGGAGCACGUUUAAUUUGGGAUUUAUGCACGUGCCGGGGGGAAAAAUCACACUCUUUUUAUUGACUCUGGGAUCAGGGUCCUUGAAGACUGUUACUCUUAAAUUAUGUGUAUGUCGCUCUACUUGUGUGUAUUGUAGUCAAAAUGUAUUUGUGCGUUUCACAACUGGAACACAAAAGCCCUUUAAAAGCACCUUAAGCCACUUCACAGCAUUCUUACGGGGAACAUUCUGGAUGCCUCCAUCGCACUUGCUUGGAGCUUUGAGGAGCUAUUGCUCAUUUCUUGGAGGGAAACACUUCUGUUGUUUUUGUUUUGUCGUAAAUAACAAAAGAUGAAUUAAUGUUGGGCUCAUGCCAAGUGGGAGAUUUGCUCAAAUUAGCAUCCAGAGAGACUAAUGUACGUUGAGCAGGGGUGGGGGAUCACAGCGUGUCAGAAUUUCUUUUUUUAAAGUAUACAAUACAUGGUACAGAGGGGCAAAAAAGUAUCUAGUCAACUACCAAUUGUGCAAGUUCUCCUACUUGAAAGAUUAGAGAGGCCUGUAAUUGUCAACAUGGGUAAACCUCAACCAUGAGAGACAGAAUGUGGGGGAAAAAAACAGAAAAUCACAUCGUUUGAUUUUUAAAGAAUUUAUUUCCAAAUU